UCUGAACCCCACAACAGGGACCAUGAGAAUUUGGUUAUCUAUAUUGGUCUUGGCCAUGGUGGCCUUUUGUUUGGCACAGGAAACUAAACCUAAGAAAAAUUGUUUCAUCAAUGGUCAAAGAGUAAACGAUCCUAAACGAUGCCAAAGGUUUCACAGGAAUAAAAAGCAAAUAGCUCCAGAAGGCCAGGACGAAAAUAACAAAGAACUGAAAAACUAUAUCAGUAAGUUAAAGAAAGUCCCAGCUAAAACAGCGCAGAAAGACAUUAAGAAAGAAAAGAAGAAAAAUCCUAUCAUUAAGCGAAGGAAAAUUCAUUCUCAGACACCUGGGAAAAAAAUGUUGAAAGAAAAGAAGGAGAGAAAGCCCAUCAUUAAACAGAGCAAGAUCUCAAAUCAAAUUUCAGAGAAAGAAAGUAAGGAAGAAAAGAAGAAUAAAAAAAUCAUUGUUAAGCGUAUGAAGAUACCAGCUGGAACAGCCCAGGUUCGUAUUGAUGAGACUGGAGAGGGAUGUGAAUAUGUUGUACUUUCUGAUCUAACUUUCAAAGGAACAGGCUGUGUUAAUGGGGCUAAAUUUGUAAUCAAGAAAGGAACAAACUCCAGAAGGCAGUAUGUAAUCAUGAAUGAUAAGAUUUUACUUCUUUGGGUGAAAAUCGGAUCAAAGUUCAAAGAUUGUCCAGCUUUCACCGACAGAACAGCAACCAUUACCUGUAAAGAAGUUGUGGGAUUGGCAGCUGUAAAUCUAGGCAUAGCUACUGUUCCUGUUGCUUCUACAGCUGGAGUUCAACCAGCUUCUUCUGCUUCAUCUGCUGCUGCCCCGCCUACAACUGCUGCCUCUGUAGCUAUUUCUGCUGCUUCAACUUCUGUAGCUUCUUCUUCAACUGCUGCUCCUGGUGCUUCAACCUCUGUAGCUCUUUCUACUACUUCUACACCUGCUCCUGCAGCUUUAACAUCUAUAGCUCCUUCUACUACUGCUGCUCCUGAUUCUGCAGCUUCUUCUACUUCUAAUAUUUCUGUUGCAUCAGCUAGUGCAGCUCUUUCUACUACUGCUUCAGCUCUUCCUAUCUCUGCUGCUUCAACUGCGUCAGCUGCUUCAGUUGCUUCAGCUGCUUCAGUUGCUUCAGCUGCUUCAGCUGCUUCAGCUGCUUCUCCUACUUCUGCAGCUCCAGAUGCUUCUUGCCAGAAUGGUAUUUUUUUUAUUGGUGGCUCUGGAACUUCUUCUGGGUCAGGGAAAAAGACAGCAGUUCAGAGCUAUCCAUGCAAAAUAACCUUGCCAUCUGAAGUUGAUAAUGAUAUUAGUAGCAACAGAUUUAUGCCAGGAGGAGUUGCGAUUCUUAACGGAAAAGCCCUUAUUCUCAACAAUGGAGAUACAAGGACCGAAACUCCAAACAAGUGUUACAACGGCACUCUAGGCUCCUCUGAGGGCUGGUCUGUAACAACUGAUUGUUUGCUUACAAGAAGGAUGUAUCCAAGUAUGGUAACAGUAGGACAAUCUAUUCUGUUGACUGGGGGAGCAGUACGUACUUCUGAUAGUAUUUUUAAUAAUAGUUUUUUUACCAUUGAUUUAAUUGAACGCUAUGACGGGAAUAGUUGGACAACCCUGACUAAUAAACUUCAAACACCAAGAGCUUACCAUUGUUCUGUAGCAGUCAGUAAAUCUGAAAUAAUUUUGCUGGGAGGAAACACAGGAACAGGCCCUCUUGCCACUAUGGAGAAAUAUGAUGUGGAUGGAAAGUUAAUAGAGGUUCUUCCUAAAAUGAGCCUACCGAGACACAACCUUGGAUGCACCAUUUUCAACAACGAACUUUACGCAGCCGGAGGAAAUAUUGGGACUUUUUUUGGAGAUCCUAUUAACAAUGAUAAUACAACCGUUCUUUCUGAUGUCGAGGUUUACAAUCUAGAGACACAAGUAUGGAGAAAAAUUAGUAAUAUGAAUCAGAGACUGUGGUUACCAGGCUUACAUGUAUACAACAACCUUGUAACAGUGUUUGGAGGGGGUACAGGCAAAAAUAGAAUUGAAAAGUUUGAUGGUACGAAGUGGGACUUUGUUGCUGAUAAUCUUGAGACUAGUUUCGUCGGCGGGGUUUCAACUGUAUUUAAAUGCCCAUAAUGCCCAUAAUAAUGCCCAUAAUAAUGCCCAUAAUGCGGGGCGUGUUCAAUUAUUAAAAAUUUUGUUUGUUCAUAUUUGUGAAUGACUUAUUUUUUUUAUUGUUCAAAAAAAAUUGAUUUUGUUAGUUUUCCAUAUAGUUUGUCAAUUUUCUCAUUAAGUUUUCAUUGUAAAUGCACAGAAGAACAACAGC